UCCCAGAAACUCAACUCGAUUACCUCAAAAGUCAAACGCACCACGCACUCACUUUUUCGGGGUCGGCUUGAAGUUUCCCUGCAACUGGCAAGCCCUCACUUUCCUGGAAGGGCACGGCGAGGGAGGGUGAAUUCACCGUCUCAUAGAAGUCUUGGUCUCUCUUCCGCCGAUCUCGAAAGCCAAGAACGAUUAUUCUUGGGAUCUUUAUCUGCUUCUCAGCAUUUGAUCCGGACUCUUCAUCUUCACCCCCUCCAUCUCCGGUGCGAUAUUGAGUUGUUGCAAGUCCUCUGAAAAUUCAGAAAAUGGAGAAGCCAGUGGAACCUUAUUAUGACGUAUUCUUGAGCUUUAGGGGAUCGGAUACUCGCCACGACAUCACUGAUAUCCUUUACAACAACCUUAUUGAUGUUGGAAUACGGGCAUAUAGAGAUGAUGAAGAGCUUCGCGUUGGGGAAGAGAUUGGGCUGGAGCUUCUCCAAGCGAUUAAGCAAUCUAAAAUCUCGAUUCCUAUCUUUUCUAAAAGAUAUGCUGCCAGUAAAUGGUGCCUCAUGGAGUUGGUCCAGAUGGUGGAGUGCAAGGAAAAGUGGGGACAAAAGAUCAUGCCAAUUUUCUAUGACGUUGCACCAUCCGAGGUUCGUAACCAAACUGCAACUUACGGUGAAGCCAUUUGGUCACACAUAAAUACGCAGCGGUACACCGAUGAGACUAUUCGAAACUGGAAGGCAGCUCUUAACAAGGUUGGAGCGUUAAAGGGAUGGGAACUCAAGGAGAGAGGCAAAGGCGAGUUCACGAACGAAGUUGUUCAGAAGGUUUUGAUCAAAUUGAAAAAGAACUGCUUGGCAGUACCUGAUUUCUUGGUUGAAAUGGAUGAUCACGUGGACAAAAUCAUGGAAUUAAUAGGUGAGCAGACCACUCAAACAAAGAUUGUUGGUAUCCAUGGUAUGGGUGGUGUGGGAAAGACAACUCUUGCAAAAAUUGUCUAUAACAAACUGUUGUCUGAUUCCACUAAACAUUACAACCGGUCUAAUUCCUGGGAGCAAAUGGACGAUCAAGUAGACAGAAUCAUGGAGGUGAUAGGUGAACGGACCACUGAUUCCACUAAAUGUUGCUACCUGUCCAACGUUGGAGAUAGGAAAAUUGAAAAUUUGCAGAAUCAACUCCUCUCGUGUCCUAGGAAAGAAACGGCCGACCAUCAAUGAUAUCGACGAAGGGAAAAAAGUGAUCAAGGACUUGUUAUCCUCUAAAAGGGUCAUACUUCUACUUGAUGAUGUCGACCAAAAGACUAAGUUGGAUGCUCUUGUGGGGAUGGGCAGAUGCUCGUUUGGCAGAGGAAGUAAGGUUAUUAUUACCACAAGAAACAAAGAAGUUCUCAAAGAUGUUGAGUUGAAGCACGAACUUAUUGGAAUGGAUUUUGAUCAUUCUCUUCAACUAUUCAGCAAACAUGCAUUUCAAAGUGAUCAUCCUCCAGCAGAAUACGCCCCUCUCCCUGAAAAAGCAGUAAAAGUCUGUGGUCAUCUUCCUUUGGCUCUUGAGAUCAUUGGUUCAUAUCUAGCUGGAAAAGACAGAAAAUUUUGGGAGACCACAUUAGAGAAGCUGGAAACUAUUCCCAAUGAAAAGGUUGAAGAAAAGUUGAACAUCAGUAUCAAUGCAUUACAACCACAUGCGAAGGAAAUAUUUCUCGAUAUUUGUUGCUUCUUCAUUGGGUUUGAUGUGAAAAUUGUGAGCCACAUGUGGAAAAGUUGUGGGUUUUUACCUGACUAUUAUCUUGAUGUCCUCCAACAGAUGUCGUUAAUAAAGAUUACAAAACGUGACCAAUUGUGGAUGCAUGAUUUGUUAAGAGACAUUGGGCGACAUUUCAUUUGUUGGAUUGGUACAUUUAGACCAAAGAAGCAAAGUCGGGUGUGGGAUCAUGGGCAAGCAAAUGAUGUUCUUAUAGCAAAGGGAACAGAAAACGUUGAAGCAAUAUGUCUCAAGUUUGAUCAUCGAUCUCAACGCUUCUUUAAGAAGGAAGAAUUUGAAAGCCUAUCAAAUUUAAGGUUUCUUCAAGUGGAUUGUGGAGACUUGGAUAUGAAAAAUGUCCAGCAUUUUUCUUUAACCAAUUGGUUCCAAAGGAAUCUAUCUAACCUUCCAAAGUUGAGAUGGCUCUCAUGGCAUAAAUUUGUUCAGCAUUGUCCUUCAACCAAGCGGUUUCGGAAAAAUCUGCUUAUCCUUCCGAAUUUGAGAUAUCUCUCAUGGCAUGAGUUUCCCAACUUUUUCCAGUUGACCACAUUUUCCCUUGAAAAGAUAGUGAUUCUUGAUCUAUCACGAAGUCAAAUUACAAAUGAUUGGGAGGGAUGGAACCACCUCAAGAUGGCAAAGAAUUUGAAAGUUCUAAAUUUGACUAAAUGCAGAAACUUGCAUAAAACUCCUAACGUUUCUGCUCAUGAAAAUUUAGAGCAACUGAUUCUUCAAGGGUGCAAGGAAUUGGUUCAAGUUGAUAGGUCUAUUGGUAAGUUAAAGCAGUUAGUGUUUUUUAACUUGGAAGGUUGUACGAAACUUCAUACAUUGCCGGAUGAGAUGGAGGGAUUGGAAGCCUUGACAGAACUUCUCCUUGACGAGACAUCGAUUACCAAAAUUCCUGAAUGGAAAGGAAUGAAGAAAUUGAAAACUCUCAGUGCAAGUUCAUGUGGAUUACUGAGUGAAUGCAAUUUAGCUAGUUGCUCAACAUCACUGUUAUAUCUUCGCUUGUCAUGUACAAAUAUUAGUGAAUUUUCAAUUGGGAAUUUUGGUUCUCUCAUUGAGUUGAAUCUUUCUCGGUCGAGCAUAGGAGAGUUACCCAAUUCAAUAGAGACAAUGAAGAAUUUGAGAGUACUAAGAAUCUCUAGCACCAUCUUAGAAAAGCUACCUAGUGCCCUUGGGAUGUUGGAGAAGCUUGAAGAGAUUGAAGCUUAUGAUUGUAAAUAUUUGUGUGGGGAAAUUCCAAGUGACAUUGGAAGACUAUCAUUUUUGAGAAUCUUGAGAUUAACGGGCAAAACGGGAAUUUCCGAUAUACCUAAGCUUCUUGAAAGUAUGACCAAUAUAUACUUGUACCAUAAUCUACAAAUGAGAUGUCCAGACCUCUCGAACCUAUUAAAUUUGAGAGAAUUGAGGUUGGAUAUAGAGUGUCAAACUCCUUCCCUUCUAGCUCCAAGCCUCAAUUGGAUCGUAGGAUUAAGAAAGCUACAAACCUUGUGGUUGCGUUAUGAUGGUCUGAUCUCCCUACCUUCAGAUUUUAAUCUCCUUUUGAAGCUCAGGAUGCUUUUCCUCAUUGUAGAUAACCUAGAAUACUUACCUAAGCUUCCCCAAAAUUUGUCAUACUUCAGUAUUCAUGGGCGUGGGUUAAUGGAAAAGUCGAUAAAUCUUUCGUAUUUGGAGAAGUUAUCAACAUUGGAAUUCCAUUGCUGUAGACAACUAAUGGAGAUUCAAGGCCUCCAACAUUUGAAAAACUUGGCAUGCCUUCGUCUUGUUGGUCUUCCAUCGCUGGUGAAGUUGCUCAACCUGACCAGCUUGAAGAAGUUAUGGGGACUUUAUAUAAGGAAGUGUCCUAAACUAGUUGAGGUUCAAUGUGGGCCAGAUUCAUUGAAGCUUCUCAAUUUAUGGCACUGUGAAUCACUCGAAAAGCUGCCUGAUCCAUUAACCUUCAAGCAUAUAGAAGUAUUAGUGAUAAGUCAUUGUUUGAAGCUCAAUGAGAUUCAAGGCCUGGAAGAUUCGGAAAACUUGAGUUACUUAUGUGUGAGGAAUCUUCCGUUGCUAGAGAGGUUUCCUGACCUGACCAAUGCCAAGGAGCUUGUUGAUCUUGUUUUAGGUUGUUGUCCUCGUUUGAUUGAGAUUCGAGGUAGGCUAGAAUCACUGAAGAGGCUUUCUAUUGAAGGCUGCAGGUCCCUGCGAAAGUUUUCGGAGCCUUCAAGCUUCAAGAAGCUAGAGAAAUUGGCGAUAAAAGAAUGUGAGAGAUUGGAGGAGAUUCUGGAAUCUGAUGAGUAUGGAGAUUUGAAAAAAGUGAGAGGACCCUUCGCUUUUUUUAAGAUAAGAAUACCACCGGACAGGAAAUCACGGGGAAGAGAUUACCUACUAGAGUAUGAGGAAUAUUUUCUCGAAAUGGUGCGUAUAGGUGUAGCGACAACCCGAGCGAUAAGCUCGCCCAGAGCCAGCAGCGACGGCGACCCUGAGCGGAAGCACGAGACGCGAUACGGCCUGGCGGAGAUCUCCCUACGGGGACUGCGACCACGUCUUCGUGACCGCCGAUCUGUUCCGCGAGGGGUUAACAGAUUGUGGUCUUCCUUUUCCAUUUUGGUUGCAGCUGACUCAGGCCAACGAGGGUUCUUCCUGCUCUGCAUCUUCAUUUGGUUUUCUUCAUCUUCACUCGUCUUCAUUUUCUGGUAAUUUUCUCUUCUCAUUUGCAUGGAUUGGGUCCGCGUGCGAAUCUUUGAUGCAAUCAGUGACGGAUUAGGAAAAGAUUUGGAAGGGAUUGAGUUGGUUUUUAUUAUUUUCAGUCAUGACUUGUCAUUCAUACGCAAUGAAAACAGCUUUUGAUGAAUUCACUGGGGAGCUGACUCGAUUGAUUUUCUUCCGUAA